CCAUGUUCUUCCCAAAAUGUCCUUUCCCAGGUUAAACUCCUUCGGUCCCUGCUGUGGUUAGUCAGACUUUUGUCUUUAAUGCCAUUCAAAGAUGUUAAUGAGGUUUCUGGCUCAAGGGCUCCUGAAGUUGGGUUUUUAUUUGCUGCUGCUCCCAGCUGGGAGCUCUCCCGCCUCCUGCAGGGAACUGGGGCUGACUAAACCUGUUUUCUGAAUCCUGCAUAAAUGUAUGGAGUGGAGCCCAAGCACGGGACAUCUGCUUCCUUCAGAAACCUGCUGAAUGUUAUUUCAGAGCCACUGACCCGGAAACCCUCAAAAAGAAACUUUGCUUUUGUUCUCCUAAGAACCUCUGUCCUCCACUUAAAAAAACAAAACAGCAAACCUCCCCUGCCUGCCUCCCAUCCUCUAACCAAGCCAUGCUCCCAAAGCUGACACCCAAGAGAUUAGAGAUAAAAACUGGAGGAACCUGAGAUGUCUCCAGGGAGAACCAUAUCGCUGCCAAAAUUAGGUGUUAAAGCCGUGAAGCUUUUUAUGAAACCCCUCCAAAAUGGGAAUUUUGGGAGAGCAGGUGUCCCUGACAGCAGUUUCAGCCUGCCUGUUCCUGUGUGUUUGACAUUCAAAGAUGUGUUUCUGUGAAUUCUCCCCUUUGCUGUGGUCUGUGUCCCGUGCUGGCAGCGCCUCACAAGUACUACAUCGGCUUUCGGUACGUGCACCCGCUGACGGAGGAGGCCAUCGCCGACAUGGAGAGGGAUGGCAUCGAGAGAGCCGUGGCCUUCACCCAGUACCCCCAGUACAGCUGCUCCACCACGGGAAGCAGUUUAAAUGCCAUUUAUCGCUACUAUAACGAGAAAGGGGAGAAGCCAAAGAUGAAGUGGAGCAUAAUUGACCGAUGGCCCACACAUCCCCUUCUCAUUCAGUGCUUUGCUGAUCACAUCCAGAAGGAGCUGAACCUGUUCCCCCCGGACAAAAGGAAAGAGGUGGUCAUCCUGUUCUCAGCGCACUCGCUGCCCAUGUCUGUGGUGAACCGCGGUGAUCCCUACCCUCAGGAGGUGGGAGCCACUGUCCAGAGGGUCAUGGAGAAGCUCAACUACUCCAACCCUUACAGGCUGGUGUGGCAGUCCAAGGUUGGCCCAAUGCCUUGGCUCGGCCCCCAGACAGACGAGACCAUCAAAGGACUGUGCCAGCGAGGAAAGAGGAACAUGUUGCUGGUCCCAAUUGCAUUUACCAGUGACCACAUUGAAACUCUGUAUGAGCUGGAUAUCGAGUAUGCCCAGGUUUUAGCCAGCGAGUGUGGAGUUGAGAACAUCAGAAGAGCGGAGUCUCUGAAUGGAAACCCGCUGUUCUCCAAGGCCCUGGCAGACCUGGUGUGCUCCCACCUGCAGUCCAACGAGGUGUGCUCCCGCCAGCUGACCCUGUGCUGCCCGCUCUGCGUCAACCCCGUGUGCAGGGAGAGCAAGGCGUUCUUCAGCAGCCAGCCCCUGGUGAGACAGAUUCCUCCAGUGCCAGAACCUCUGCAGCGCCCUGUCCCUCUCAGAAAGAAGUCUUCCUCGACCCUUCGUGCCUGUGCCUGUUGCAGGGAGCCAGAAGCUUCUCUUGUCCCUCCUCUCCCUCCCCUUGGGCUCUGCUCGCUGCCUGGGCAGGAGGAAGGAGCACAGAUGUCCAGUCUGUCCACUGGCCUUACACCUCACUGGACAAACAACCUCCUCUGUUCCACCUCUCUGCCUGACACUUAGGGAUCAGCAGAGAACAGUCUGCUCUGUCAAAUCUUCCUCCUCACUCCUGCUUCCUCCCAGCUGCAGGGAACGCGGACCUUCAGGUGCUCCAAGCUGUGACCAGCGCAUUUACAAGUGUGGAAAGCGAAGGUUAGCUUUGUAUGAACCUUGUGGUGUUAUAAAUACAGAUGGCUUUUCAUUUUCAUACUGGAGAGAGCCUUGAAACUACUAGCUGGCACUGAUUCUGAGGCAUUACCUUGGUCCCCAGUAAUAAAAGGUACUUAAAAUUCA